GGCACUGUUGCCGGCACGAGUUCUAUCGUAAGCGUUCCUGACUGGCGUAGAUGAGCCAAUGAGCCUCGAGGACGCAGUAAUAGGUCUGAAAGCAUUCAAGGAGGUCGACCGGCGAAUGAGCCGGCUCUGGGACGGCAUUAACGAUGCCGUCCUUCUUCCACGGAUGGACAUCACAAAGGACACGCUGCCCGGUAUUCAUACGCAAGACAACUACAUGGAACUCCGAGGCUCGGCAGACAAAACCGUGCACUCUCUGUUCGCAGACCUCGAGCAGGUUUUCUCCUUCCUAGUUCAUAAGCUUCCUCCCGACCUCAUUGAAACCAUCUCUUCCACCUUGUUACCAGAGAUUAUCGGCAAGGUCACGAAUGUCUGGCUCGACUCGGCCAUCCCAUCAUCGCUUCAGGCCAUGGACCGGUUCGAGGAGGUCAUCGGAGCGGCGAAGGAUUUCUGCACCAGGUUAGAGGCUCUCGGCUUGUCAAAUCUCGGCGGGUUGAAUCAGUGGACGGAGAAUGCGCCGAAGGCGUGGCUCUCGAAAUGCAAAGAAGCUGCGCUGGAUUCGGUGCGGACCAAGCUUUCCCAAGGACUUGGCGCAUCGAAACGGGUGGAAAAGGUUGAGAAGCAGAUGGUCUCGAAAUCUGAAGGCCAACAACUGGUCUCCAAUAGCGCAGCGGCUUUGGCGUCUGACGAGGACCAUGGCUGGGACGCCUGGGACGACGGGGAAGAGACGGCGCAAGCAGCGACAGCAGAUAAAGGGGCGGACGUACCCCCGGACGGCGACGAUGACGGCGCUGAUGCGUGGGGAUGGGGGGAGGAGGAAGCCACAGUGGACGAACCAGAGGGGAGCAAGGAAGGACCCGGAGAGAGUAAGGCAGAGGACGAAGACGAUCCCACAGAAGCCUGGGGAUGGGGGGAUGAAGCUGAAGCCGGUGAGCCCGAAGCACCAGAGAACCCGCCUGCGCCGCCGCCAGCGCCGCAGACGAGAGAGCUGGUCUUGAAAGAGACCUACAGCAUAUCGUCUCUCCCCCAGCCUGUUCUGGACUUGAUCUUUUCGAUAGUGGAAGACGGCGCCGCGUUAACGCAAGACCGCUACGUGGACAGCCCUGUUGCCGCCCAGGCAGCGGGACUGUUUAGCCUCCCAACGCUCGCCCUGGCCAUGUUCCGCGCCGUAUCGCCUCAUUACUACGCUCCGAGCGUCGGCGGCAACAUGUGCCUCUACAACGACUCGACCUACCUCGCAGAUCAGCUCGCUGAGUUUGCCGCCGCAUGGAAGACGCGCAGCGACAUCAGCACGCGCGCCCGGCAGAUGCUCCGCCUCGACAACGACAUCAAAUUGCUCCGGUCAUUUGCCAACCGCGCCUACACCAACGAAUUGGGCAUCCAGAAGACCGUCUUACGGGACCUACUUGGAGGCGAGCAGAACCUCGUCCACCAGCCGGAUGCGGCGGCGUCCAUCUCGUCGGCGACCGCCCGGGUGCGCGCCCUCGCGACGGCGUGGGAGGACAUACUGGCACGCUCGGUGUGGCAGCAGGCCGUCGGCGCGCUGGUGGACGCGAUCGCGAGCAAGAUGAUUGCCGACGUCACGGACUUGGCGUCCAUCGGCCAGGAGGAGGCGUACCACAUUGCCGGCCUGAUCUCGUCGGUGGAGGAGCUGGACGAGCUGUUCCUGCCGAGCCGUUGGCAGGGAGACAAGAAGAAGAAAAAAGAAGGAGGGAAUGAGGGGGGGGGCGAGGGAGAGGGAGAGGAAGAGGUGCCGGUAACGGCACAGUUUGCGGGCAACUGGUUGCGCCUAAAGUACCUGAGCGAGGUGUUGCAGAGCAACUUGCGGGACGUGCGGUUCCUGUGGGUCGAGGGGGAACUGAGCUUGUAUUUCACGGCCGAAGAGGUGGUGGAUCUGGUGAAGGCCAGCUUCGAGGACAACCCCAGGACGCGGGAGGUGAUUCGCGAGAUCAGGGGGAACCCGAGGCCGCUGGGGGAGUGAUAUGAGAGGACAUAAUAAUAUGCGUAUACACAUACAGGGACGGCCGAGCAGGUUGGGUAGGGAUGAAGCUGUCAAAUACCAAGGCGUUCG